AUGACCACCGCGUGGUUGAUCUUCGCGACGAUAUGCGCCGCAAGCUGCUCGCUGGUGGUCGGCUUCGACCUCGGACCGAUGAUAUGGACCGCGCAGUGCCAAUCUGAGUGCUUGCGACAGUUCAACAAGAAGGAAGAGUUCCGCAAAAUGUCGAUACGGAGGAACGCGCAUCAAGAGUUCCAAGAGUGCACCAGGUAUUGCGAACUGUGCCACGACGAGCAAGACUCGAAGGUGUGCAACCAGGACAGUCAGGACCCGUUUCAACAAGCGAGGCGCUUCCUCAAGGAUAGCACAUUAAUGGGCCGACAGAUCGCUUGCGAAUACUGCAAGACGCGGGAAUUCAUGGAGAAUUACGAACCGUCGAUGCUGCCGGCGCCGGAGGAGAAACCGAUCGUGAUGGGCCCGCACGACGUGGCUAUCAUAUUCCGGAAGCAGCAUGAGCGCUGGCAGUUCCAAAACUUCUACUACGACCAGAUCCCGAUCGAGAGGAUGUACCGGUGCCACUGGAUAAUCGUUGUUACGGAAGACGGUCCGCGACACUACACCUGGCAACGGUGGGUACCGAGCUUGGACUCGCUCAAGGAGGGUCCGCUGUUCGAGGCGACCGUCUCGUGGCGGAACGUGCGCCAACAGCUGCAGAUCCAACGGAGGCUCGAGGAGAUGAACAUCUCGAACGACCAUAUGCGCCACCUGCAGCUGUCCAGCGAGAAAGUGCUGGCGCUGAUCCACCGCGACGACGUGCUGCAGCGGCUCCAGUGGCUGUUCUGGAAGACCGACGACUUCGACAAAUACCCGAGGAAGUGCUACCGCUACCACGACGACAGCUACGGCGGCGGCAACAAGUCACUCGUGGUCACUUGGGGUCCAGAGACCGGCGGCCUCACCGGCAACCAGGUGACCGACAGCGACUCUGCGCAGAUCUCGCUGCUACCCGGCGUCAGGUACCACGUCAGGGUCGCGUCCAAUGACGGCCCCGGCAGCUUCCCCAUCGUCGUCGACACUCGGCCCAUCACCAAUCUCUCUUCGACUACGCCUUCGUCGUCGCCGCCGCCUCCGUCUUCCGCCGUCUGCAACUUCGUCUGCAGCAUGAAACUGUUCGUCCGGAGCGGCUGGCAUUACGUUCUGCUGCUUUUCGUGAUAACGCUUCUGGUGUUCUGUUAUAUCCGAGCGGACGUGUUUCUCAUGAAGAAGACCGCGCAAACGUGGCAGAAAGCGAGUCAAGCGAAGAUGAUACCGCUGCUGUUCGCCUGCUGCCUCGGCUUCCUCGUCGCUCCUUAUCAGCUUACACCGUCGGCAAACAAUGGACUGAUCGGCGUCGGGGCGGUUUCCGUGGUGGCCGUAGGAUUCGCAGCCGGACCCAGGUACGUUCCGAAAUGGAAGAAGCAAGCGUGCGAGAUACCAGCGUCCCAGCAUCCGAAUUCGCAUUACAUCUGCGACGAGGCUGGGGAAGUGAAAUGUUUGCCAGGAUGGACGGGAGAUCUUUGCGACGUGCCGAUUUGUCGAAAGGGUUGCGAUCCUCUUCAGGGCUACUGCCGACGUCCCGGGGAAUGUCGAUGCAAACUGGGUUUCUACGGUGAAUUGUGCGACAAGUGUGUGGCCUUACCGGGAUGCCAGCACGGAAGGUGCAACGUAAGCUUCGAGUGCUCCUGCGACCCCGGCUGGAAAGGUAUGUUCUGCUCCGAGCCGAUCUGCGCGCCCGAUUGCCUAUCCAGUCAGGGUUACUGCGAAAGACCGGGCGAGUGCAGAUGUCGCCUGGGGUGGCAAGGCCCCAAGUGCAAACAGUGCGCUGUGUUGCCGGGAUGCGCGCACGGGAUCUGUCAAGGACCUUUGGAGUGCCGAUGUGAUCCGGGGUGGACCGGGCUGCUUUGUCAAACACCGAUCUGUGCGCAAGGAUGCAGCCGGGAACACGGCGGUUGCCGGCGACCAAGCACAUGCAGAUGCCGCAUCGGCUGGACCGGUUCGAACUGCACUGAAUGCGUCCCGUACCCCGGAUGCGUGCACGGCUCGUGCAAACGACCGUGGGAGUGCCGUUGCGAGCCCGGCUGGGCCGGCGACCUGUGCAACGAGAAACUGACCUACUGCGACGAGCACCCUGGUGUCUGUCAGAACAACGCGACCUGCAUCAGCAUGACCCAAGAGGACGGUAAUUACAGGUGCAUCUGUCCGAUGGGAUACAUGGGCCGACAGUGUCAAAUAAAGACGACGGUGCCGUCGACGGAGCUGGUACCGCCAAUGCCCGAUCCUGACACUAGCAACCUCUCGCAGGGACUUUCGCAGGAGACGCAGGACCUCGCGGACAAGCCGAGCAUCGAAGAAGCGUCGAGCGAGGACAAAGAGGAAACUGGCAAGAAAAAAGAAGUAACUGCGGAGCCGCUCGGACCCAUCUUCAUUACGGACCCACCGACCACUACCGUGGAUUCCGCCGCGACCGCGGGAAAAUGGCCCACGGAAUCGGCCACGGAAUCGCUCGAGAGAGACGACGAGAACGAGACAUAAGGAACGACGAGACAGCCCGAAAUUAUUUAUUGCAGUUAUUUAUUUAUUUAUUGUUCAUUAAACCCGCACGCGAACGUGACGGUUCCCGGUGAUCAUUAGUCGUUUAUUUACGUCUUCCAUCGCGAAAAUUAUAUCGUGAGGUGAAAUAUGUUCUUCUGUCUUUCAGUAAAAAUGUGACAAAUGUCGGAUAUAAUUAUGGUUCCUCGC